ACCUCCCUCACUGGUUUGGUUUUCUUUUCCUUGGAAGAACUUCACUAACCGGACUUUCCUCUCUAGUUUGCCUGACAUAGGAGGAAGUUAAUUGGGGCGGUUCAGCUCUCGGCUGCUCCACCAAUUGAAAUCACCUUUAACAACCUGAGUUCCUGCGUGUGUUUUUGUCCUGUCACGACUUCUCCGCUUUGAGAAACUUUACUUUUUUCCCCUCUCUCUCUCUCUCUCUGUCGGUUUUAGUGAAGGGGAUCUGAGCUGAUCCGUAACGUCGAUCCAUAAACAUGUCUCUCCACUCGAGUCAGAAAACCACGACGAGCUACCGGACGGUGAAUGUCGCCUCUCCGGAGCCGGUGAGCAGAACAGUGAUCUCGGCCGGCUCUGCGUCCCCACUGCCGUACGGGGUUAACGGCAACUACGAGACGGUCCGGUACUUGGUGCCCAUGCAGCAGCAGCCCAUGAUGCAGAUGCAGCAGCAGCCCAUGGUGCAGAUGCAGCAGCAGCCCAUGGUGCAGAUGCAGCAGCAGCACAUGGUGCAGAUGCCACAGCAGUCAUACGUCCUGAUGCAGCAGCCUAUAAUGCAGCAGCCGAUGAUGCAGCAGGUCACCCCGGUUUACCUCCAGAAUCUGCAACACCUGAGUGUCAGCAGCCAGGAAUCCGACAUGAUCUACCGGCAGCAGAGCACUGUGGAGAGUAUCAGCGGGCAGUCCUCAGUGUUCAGCCAGUCGUCCAGUCCUAUGAAGAGCCCUGAACCAAGUGCUGAGGAGGAGGAGGAAGAGGAAGAGGAGGAGGAGGAGGAGGAGGAGGAGGAGGAGGAGGAUAUGGUGGAAGUGGAAGAAGUGGAGAUCGUCAACAUCAUUCAGCAGAAACCGCCACCGGCGAUUGAGAGGAUCACCACAACGGAGGUGAAGACCGAGCAGAGGGAAGUUCCCCAGCUGACGAAGUUGGACACACGGUACUUUGGCGAGCUGCUGGCUGAAGUCUACAGGAAGAACUGCGACAUCCACUCCUGCAUCUCCGAGCACGUGUCCAAGAUCCGUGGACAGAAACACCGGCUGGAUCCCAGCAAUGACUACAAGGUGGAGAGAGAGGAGGUGGAGGCUUUGAUCCCCAAAGGAACCACUGAACUGACCAAACAACAAAUUCGCUACCUGCUUCAAACUCGUCUCACUGCAGAUAAAAGCAUGCGUCUGCUGCUGUCCACCUUCAGCAGUCUGAGAGAGGAGCUCCUCCAAAUGUCUGAGGACAUGCGGCGUCUGGAGAGUGACAAAGAGUCUUUGGAGAGAGACCUGAGUUUCAAAGAAGACCAGGCUCGGCAGUAUGACUGUCUCCUCGAGGCUGUCCGAGAAAACAACAGACAGCUCCAGCUGUCCCUGAAGGAAACUACUUCUACCCAGCGUUCCCUGGAGAGCCAGCUGUUGAGUAGCCGAAGCACCGACUCGAGCCGCGAAUUCAAGAUCAAAGAGAUAGAGGGCCAGUUGAGAAUGCUUGAGAAAGAGAACGAGAUGCUCCGACAGAAGCUGGCAGGCCAAGCUAGCAGCACCACCUUGCACAUCAAAACAGAGGAGUUGUCACGUCAGUACAAUGAACAGCUCAGCGCCAUGACACAAGAAAAAGACAAGGAGCUAGAAAGGCUGCGGUCCCAGAUUACGAGAAUCCAGACAGAGAUCACCACUGAAAAGUCGUCCUCCUCUUCCUCGGAGAAGAGUCUCCACCUGAAGAUCUCAGAGCUGCUCGCCAUGUUGCAGCAGCGGCAGACCACCAUCACCCAACAGGAGGAGGAGAUCAAGAGACUGAUGCAAGAAAAGAACGACACCUCCAAGAAUGUCACCACCAAGACCAUCAUCACCAAAAGGUACAGGAACCAGUACCCCAUGCUUGGUCUGCUGACUGACGACUACCUGGCGACCUCCCCUGUGAAAGAAGCAAAGACCAUCGUCAUCGAGAGAACUGGAGAGAUGAUUAAGCAGGAAUGAAGACCCAGACGUCACCUGCUGUCCCACAUUGCAUGCUCCCCUUCCUCAUCCUCAGGGCUCCCAGGGUUGGUGGUGGUUGAAGUUCCCCCCCCGAUACAUUUGGGAUCAUAAGUUCAAAUCUUUGGUUACAGGGUACAAGUCACAUUAUCAAACACCAAAUAUUUUCAGGUGAUGCUACAGCUAGUUGGUUGCGCGAUAGCUUACGGUGGCAGUAAUGAAGCAAUCAUGAAUACUGGGAAUGGGCGAAAUUUGAACUGAACAGAGGACAAUUUUGUUGUAAACAUCAGAGCAAAUUUGGCAUGAACACUUCGUCUCCUUUUAUACUUUCAUAGCUAUAUUCUUGUUGAUUAACGUCAUCUCAUCAAACACGAGUUUACAAAUCACCAAGUUAAAUACCGCCUGUGUAUUAAAACUAGCUGUUGAUUGGCUGCUUUCCAUACUGCUUGGGUAAUAAUUGGAACUAAAUGUCAUAUGAAAAAUAAUAAAAUAAAUGUUUAUACACUACUCGAACAUGCUCACUGCUAAAUUUAACAUUUCAUCUCUGACCCGAUUCAGCUUUGACCUCUUAACGUCAAAGUAAAUAUUGAAUAUUAGUACUCAGCAGUAGGGUUGGGAAUUGCGAUACAUUGCUCACAGUGGAAUCACUAAACAAGUGAUUCUGUGAUAUACUGCAAACAAUCAUCUGUGCUACAUUACAGCAUAUGUGCCUGAAGGAAAAAAAGCAUCCAGUAUGUGUGUUAAAAAUCUAGGAAUUUCCUUGCAUGCAUUGACAAAGAGAUUUUAGUUUCACAGAAAUGUAUAGACAAGAUUAAAGUGAGUCACAAUGCCAAUACAGCACAAUUGAACAUUCUGGACACACUUCUGUCUCAGUAUUACAGAUGAUUGUAUUGCAAUAUGUUGCUGUAUCGAUUAUUUGUUCCAUCCCUACUCUGCAGAUGUUACAGUAAGUUUGCAUUUGGUUCCACAUGGAUGCAUCCAUCAGCUCAAAAAGGGGAAUCCUGCAACGAGAUGUUGUACUGGCUAGACUCUGUAGGUGUGCUGGGUAUCAAAAUAGGUUGGAAAAAAAAUGAGAAUUAUUAUUAUAUCUUUCUUUGAAAAAUGACCCUGUUUUGUCACUUAAAAUAAGUUCUCCAAAUAAAAUACAUACUAAAAUAUGAGAUAUAUAAGACAAUUUGAUUUUUGGUGUUCCUGGCAAAUUUUGGUAGAAAAGUAGGUUUGAUACCCAGUCCAACCUACGAAACCCUUGAAAUAUUAAAUUAGGUUUGCGGAUUUUCUGUUGUAAACAUCGGCUCAUUGGAAAUGCCACAUUAUGAACAGGUUGUGGUCAAAAGACAACAAAAAGCCAGUCUCUCUGUAUCAUCCUCAGCUGACCUCUUGUUAAGGGCUCACAUUGUGUACAUCACACAUUUCACCACUAUGAGGUCACUGAAGGAAAAAUGGCAUGCUAAUGUGGAACCAAAAUCACCAGAAAAUGUGCCGUCUUAGCCUCCAGUUGUCACUAAUGCACGUCUUGACAAGGCUGAUACCAUCUAGCAGUAGCAUUAAGUUCUCCACAAGGCCACCACAGCCAUGCUUGCCCAGGGGAUAAGGAAGGAGAUGUUAUUUUUUAUUGCUACUCUGCAUGUAAAUAUUUAUCUGUAUAUUUAUAUGUAUAUUUGUAAGAUGGGCUCACUCAGUGAAUGUUUUCUCUAGUAUAACUGUAGAGCGGACCCUCUGCAAUACAGUUUUGAAGAACAUUUUGAAAGAUGUUCUGAAUGGGUAGUUUGCUUUACUUUUGUUUUGUCCUAAACAGUGUGUGUAUCUGUCACCUCUGUAAUUGUUUUUAAAAGUUUAUUUUGAGGUUUUAUGUCUUGAUAGAGUCAGAGGUGCAUGGAUAUGUAGAUUUGAUGUGUUUGUAUAUGACAGUGGGAUCUGGGUCAGGGCUGCUGUGUGAUGCGUCACAUGCAUGAGAGGCUAUGCAGAAGCUUACACGGCCUCCCAUGAGUGUGACGCAUCACAGCAGAGUUUGACGGGUGGAUGGAUGUAUGGAACUUGCAGUUAGCAUGAUUUUAUGGUGUUUGAUGAUGGUGGAUGAACAUUUUAAAGCACAAUAUUAUGUAAACUGUAUAUUGAGUCUUUCAUCUUAAGUUUUUCUGGUUGUCUGUUCAGGCUUUUUACAUAAUGAAGCAUGUUGAAGGCUGUGUGUCCACUGGGAGCUCGACUUGAAGGCGCUGCAGGCUUUUUCACCAGCUGAUUGGUCAUGAAAGUUUACAAAAACAUUAUACUGAAACUAGCUGGCUUUACACUCUAUUCAUUACAGCUCCCGACAUCAUACAAAAAAUCUUCUCAACUGGUGGAACGUACAGAGACUUAACAUUGCAGACAAUGUUAGUUUCACCAUCCUGCUGCCAUUAACAUGAUCAUUUAUUUAUGGUUUGCAGUACCGCUGUUUUUGUUUUUCCAUGUUGACUAAAGGAUUUUUUGUCUAUUCUAUACUAAGUUAUGCGUCAUGCUAAACGCUCCUUCACCAAGUUUAUACUGGCACUCAAGAUGAGUUUCAAACUGUUACUUAAAGUUGCUACAAGAAACUUUUGAACUUUUGACCUACAUAAGCAAGCUAGACAAUCAGUGAGUAUAUUGGCUAUUACUAUAUAGUUAUUCUAAAUGCCUGCCAUCGGGUCGGAUUCCCAGUGAAAUCAGACAAAACAACGUACAGCACGCAGACAGGGAGAGCUUAUGUUUACAUUACAUGCAACAUUGUAGCAUGAGGGAGUACAAGGACAAAGGGAGGACAUGUCUCCUCUUUUGAUAAGGUUAAAAGUUAAGUCAGACUUGUUGGCUUCCUGACUCAUUUUUAAAAAGAUGAGGGGAAAAAGAGAGCAAUUGGACUAAGAGCACGAGCAUGAAACAGAGCAGCAGUGGUUGAGCAAGUUAAAGAGUUAAUGAAGAGAGUGAGUGGCAGUGUCGCAAGUAUUGAACAUUAUUUUCUGAUUGUUUCACAGUGGUUACGUUCUAAAGUACAAACAAGCUGCAUUGCCAGAAUUUGGUGUAAAUGCAUACUUAUGUAUCACAUCAUCGUCAUAUCACAGUGAUUAAUCUAACAUAUCCACAAAUAGAUACAUUACCUCAUUGCUAUGCAGCCAUCCAGCAAACAGCUAAUAUUAAAACUAAACAGUGUCUUUCUUUCACUCAAUUCCAAAUCAAACCCACGUGCUAGCCAAGAUCAUUAUGACACAAGGCAGUGGUGCUCAUGGGAAAUGCAGUCUUCGUUCUGGGAAAACACUAGUUUGUGCAUCUGGUAAAAGUGACAGAUCCAUGUACUAGAACUAGUUUCAAGGAAAUUUGUAAUUUUUUCUUAUUGUCAACAAAUUCAUGUGCAGAGUCAAACCAACAGUGAAUUAAUCCAUUUUACAAGUAUUGUGUGUGUAUCCAAAGCCUGGUCUAGUUUUAAUCCUCUGUGUUGUAGACACACAUUAAAACAUGUCAAUGAGCCACACCUUUGCCCUGGGUGACAUGUUCCUUCACCACAAAGUUUGGACACGCUAGUUUCUUAAGAAAUGGCUCCAAAGACUAAUAACAGCCAUCACAAUUUCAGCUUCUGCUCAAGUUAUUUACAAGGUACAAUGAAGCAUGGAAGUCCAGAGACUGUAAACGCGGUGGCUGUUAUUAGUCUUUUGAGCCGUUUCUAAACAAACUAACGUGACCAAACUCUUCAUGGCGAAGGACCAUGUCACCCAGUGCAGGGAUGUGACUCAGUGAUCUGUUUUUAAUAGGAUUUGGAAAACAACAGAGGUCUACAACACCGAGGAAUAAAACUUAUAUGCACAAAUAACUAGUUAUUUUAAUAAUUUUGUGCAGAUUUUAGUGCCACCUAUGAACAAAUGUGGUAGUAAUUUCCUAAAGUGAAGACUGCAUUUCCCAUGAGCACCACUGCCUUGUGUCAUAAAGAUCUUGGCUCUGUAUGUGAGUUUUGUUGACAGUAAGAAGAAUAUAAAAAAUGACCAGCCUUAUCCUUUAACACCACUGAUAGAAAGGAGCUGCCCAGUGGACACACAGCUGAAUUUCUGUUGUAAGUAUGUCAAAUAUUUUCACUAGCAUGGGACCUCAAGUGCCUUUAAAUGUGUAUACCAUGUUAGCAAGCUAAUGGUAAGCCAUCAUGUCACUGUUUAGCAUGCUUGGUUGACAACCUUGCCUUUUUCCAGCAGAGAAUACAUUUAAUGCCGAGAUAAAUUAACUGGUUGGAGCUAAUCUGCAAAUAGGUCUAAAUAUUUUUGUAUGCAAAUCAUUUUUCUAUAUUUUUCAGUCCAAGGGGAUUUGGGCUAUACAACCUCAGCCUUGUCCAAUGAGAAAUGUUUCAGCUCUGAUAGAUUGUG